AUGAUGCACAUUUCGAUAAAAGUGUUAAUUUCGAUUUUGAUAUAUUUUGAAUUUGUAUUUCUACGAGCUAAUGGAGAAGUUGUUUAUGAAGCUGAAUUCUCUGAGGAUUUUAAGAGUUGUAAAGACUUUGAUAAUAAACGUAUAAGAUGUGAAAGUUUUAUACUGGGCCUGGUAGAGGGAGACGACAAUGCAGAAGGCGGGCUCGGCGUCAGUGGUGUCAUGGAAAUAUCACAAAACAUUGAGAAAGGAUACAAGAUAAGCAUAGAAGUUUGGAAGUUAAUGGAAGUGGGUAAGGAGUUCACAUUUGCCUCAGUGACCGAUGUAUGUGAAAGUUUAAAGAGCGAGGAAGCGCCGUGGUACCCGCUGGUCGUCAGCAUGAACGUGUCCGACUGCCCUGUGUCUGCGAAAACUUAUCCCAUACAAGAUCUGCUUAUAUCCUUGGAAUUUGCUAAAGAUUUCCUGUGUGUCGAGUUCUGCGGGGAAUAUGAAGUGAUACUAUCUGUAUUGAAUGAAAACGACGAACAACUCUCUUGUUAUGUUCUGGGUAUAUCUAUUACGGAAACGGAAAAGGACAAAAAGAAAUAA